AAGUGGAAAGAUUACUCUUUUAAAACUCGUAAGUCAAGCCAUCAUCAACCAUCAGAAGCUAUAUCAACCAACAAUCAGAAAGGGAGUGUUUUUUUUUGUCGAGUGAGAGCGCAUCAACAUAGGUCACCUCGCUGCCGUAGCCGCCCUAAAAACCAUGCCACAUACAGGACAAGCCGGUGUGAAUCAAUUGGGCGGCGUUUUUGUCAACGGACGCCCACUGCCAGACUGUGUUCGUCGGCGUAUUGUUGAAUUAGCUUUAAUGGGCGUUCGACCAUGCGAUAUAUCACGGCAAUUACUUGUUUCGCACGGUUGUGUAUCGAAAAUUUUGACACGAUUCUAUGAAACUGGUUCCAUUAGACCCGGAUCGAUUGGUGGCAGUAAAACAAAGCAAGUGGCGACCCCAACUGUGGUGAAAAAGAUAUUGCGAUUUAAGCAGGAGAAUCCAGGGAUGUUUGCAUGGGAGAUUCGAGAUCAGUUGUUGCAGCAGAGAAUCUGUGAUCCAAGUUCAAUUCCGUCGGUUAGUUCGGUGAAUAGGAUUUUGAGAAAUGGUGGACUUUGGACAGAUGAAAUGACUUCGAACGAGCAGAAUGCCAUAAUGCAUGAGAGUUACUUGAAGCAGCACAUUUAUGCGGCGAAUGGUAGUGCUGUGACCGCUGAUCCAGGUGCAGUUGUGGCAGCAGCUGCAGCGGCAACGACUUCUUUAACCCAUCCACCAGUUUCAUGGCGAGUUGGUGGCCGUAGUGAACUUCCAAUUAAACCUGCAGCAACACUUCCAGUCUCGAAUUCGAACAGUGGAAAUUCACCUCAACUGUCAGCGCAAGAUUUGACAUAUGUCCAACAGCAGCAACAGAUCUCAUCAUUCCCUAAACACUGGCUGUGGAAUCCAUCAUUACUUUACUCAACCCAACGAAUGCAUGAAGCUGGUUUCUUUCCCUAUGCCCAUGCUCAGUUUCCAGGUUAUUUCCAUGGUAGCGGUGGUGUAACAAAAUCAGAGAGUUCAAUUGAUUUGACAACUGGAAGUGGUGGUGGAAGUGAUCCGCUAAGUGAUUGUGAUUCGGGUAAAUCAUCACCAUCAACAUCUACAAUAAGCACACCUGUGAUGAUAAAUGGAAGUACUAAAUUAAAUUCGAGGAAACGCAAUCCAUAUUCGAUAGAGGAACUUUUGAAGAAACCGGAAAAGAGGCUGAAAAUGAUGGAAGCUGAGGUGAAAAAUGAAGAAUUUGUUGUAGCUGUAGUUGAUGAUGAGGAAGAUGAUGAUGAGAGAGUGAAGAUUGAAGAGAAUGUUGAAGUAGUUAACUAAGAGUUGACUAUUUUUUCUUUUGUUUUCACCACCCUAACGAUGCCAGUGAGAUAGAUGAUAUAGAUUUAUAGUAAUAUUAUUUAUUUAUAUAUGUAAAUUAGAAAUAUAAUUUGUAUAUAGAGCAAUUAAUAAAGAAAAAAAUAG